AUGGCCGACCCCCCCAAACCUUCCUUCUCCCUCUCCCUCGGGCCCGCAAAGCCCAAGGUCCCCACGCGCAAGCCCCCAACCACCUUCGCCGCCAAACGCUCCGCCGCCCACCUCGACUCCGACGACGAUGAUGCCGAAGACACGCACACCGCCAAGGUCCAGCUCGUCACCGCCUUCGACGCCACCCGCGGCGGCGCCGUCGACCUUCACAACAAGCCUGCAGAAGAAAAGGGCCCCCUUGUGAUCCCGAAGCUCUCCAACCGCAACUGGCGCGAGGAGGCCGAGCGCCGUCGCGGAGGAGGCGGGAAAAAGGCGAUAUACCUGCCCCCCGAGGCCCUCGCGAAGCAGAAGGGCGGCGUGAAGCCGGAGGACCUGGUCGAGACUGAUACGAUCGAGCAAAAGUACGGGCUGCAAGUGUUUGAGCGCGCGCCGGAGGGCGAGCAGGAUGCAGCAGCAGCUGGGGAAGAGGCACCGACAGACGCGCCGCCCCCACCGCCCGAGAAACCGCAGACGGAGGAGGAGCUUGCGCUAGCCUCGCUCCUACGCGGUGAUGCACCAGCGCCAUCGACGCUCGUGCUUGCGCCCGUUGCGGCAUCGGGCGGUAACGACUGGCGUGCUGCGCGGGCGGCAAUCGGCAAUGAAGACGCCGCGUUCAAGACGGAUGUUGCAAGCCGGCCAGAGAUGGCCACGCUGGAAGACUACGCGGCGGUGCCCGUCGAGGAGUUUGGUGCUGCGCUGCUGCGCGGCAUGGGCUGGAAGGAGGGCGACGAGGUUGGCAAGCGGCGGGGCGCGGCGGCGAAGCCGCGGGUGGUGGAGCGGCGGGCGGCGUUCCUGGGGAUUGGCGCAAAGGCGAAGGAGGAGGCGAUGGAGCUGGGGACGUGGGGGAAGGGCGACAAGAAGAGCCGGAGGAGGCGGCAGGAUACGACGUAUGUGCCGGUUGUGAUGGUGGAUAAGAAGACGGGGAAGGUUGUGGACCCGGCGGAGGCGGAGGCUAUUGCUGCGGCGAAGGGCGUGGAUGGGAAGAAGUGGGAGAGGGGAGAGGAGAAUGGGCACGGGGAGGAGAACGGGCGUGGGGAGGUGGCGAAGAGGGAGCGGUCGAGAGACCGAGACCGGGAUAGAGAGAGGGAGAGGGAGAGGGACCGGGGCGGUGACAGAGACAGAGGGGGAGACAGAGACCGCGACCGCGACCGCAGAGAGCAAAGAGGCAACGACUCUUCAGACCGCCGCCGCAGAGACCGCGAGCGCUCAAAGGACCGCAGCAACGGGAAGGACCGUGAUCGCGACCGCGACCGUGACCGGGAGCGGGAGCGCAAGCGCGGAGACGAUGACCGCGACAGAGACAGAGACAGACGGAGAGGCGACGACCGGCGCAGAGACGAACCCAGACGGGACCGUGAUAGACGGGAUCGGGACCGGGACAGGCGUUAA